CUGCACCCCGGCGUGGGGCUGGCGCAGGGCACGGCCGUGGAGCUGCUGCUCACGCUGCAGUUCGUGCUCUGCGUCCUGGCCAGCUACGACGAGCGCCGCGACGGGCGCCUGGGCUCCGUGCCGCUGGCCGUGGGGCUCUCGCUCACCCUGGGGCAGCUCUUUGGGGUCUAUUACACCGGAGCCAGCAUGAACCCCGCGCGCGCCUUCGCGCCCGCCGUCAUCACCCGCAACUUCGCCAACCACUGG